AUGGAGAUCAACCCAGUGGUCACAUUCAAGCAUGACCGCACCGUCAUGCACGCAAAACGCCCCAAGGUCCUCAUUGUCGGCGCCGGUCUUGGUGGUCUCACCCUUGGCAUGAUCCUCCAAAAGACCAAUAUCCCCUUUGAGAUCAUUGAACGUGCCUCCGAGGUCAAGCCCCUCGGCUCGGGAAUCGCUAUCAAUUGUACGGUAACACCUGCGUUCAAGCAAUGCGGCAUAUACGAUGAACUCGUCUCCAUAAGCAAGGCAUUGGAUACCCUCAACAUCAGUAAUGAGGACCGAGGCAUCGAGUUUGUCAUCGCCGACAACGAGGACCCUACCAAGAGAUAUGGGUCGGGAAGUCGGUUAAUUACACGCCCGAAACUGUACGACCUCCUCUGGCGCCAAGUACCUCGGGAGCGAAUUCACAUGUCUAAAAAGGUGUUGUCCACUCACCAAGGAGGAAAUGGAGUUCUCGUCCGAUGCGCAGAUGGGUCCGAAUUUGAAGGCGAUAUCCUCGUAGGAGCUGAUGGGGCCUACAGCGCCGUCCGCCAGAACCUUUACAUCCAACUCAAGAAGGCCAAUCGACUCCCAGCAUCUGAUGCAUUGCCAUUACCCUUCAUGAAUGUGUGUCUCGUUGGACAGACACGACCGCUAACGCCGAAUGAGUUCCCGGAUCUGGAGAAGGUCAAAUGUCAAUUCUAUAACACCUUGUCCAGAGACACGCCCUAUGCUUGGAUGACACUGACGACAAAGGAGAACACGGUCUGUUUUGUAGUGAUCCAGUUCUUGACGUCGGAAACGAGCAGGGAUAAUGAUGCAUUUAGGAACUCGGAGUGGGGCUCGGAAGCUGCUCAGGCAAUGUGUGACGAGGUGCGCCAUUUCCCAAUCAUCAGCGGUGGUGGUGUUGGUGAGAAGAAGCUGACGUUGGGGAAUCUGUUUGAUGUGGCGCCCAAGGAGUACAUGUCCAAGGUUAUGUUGGAGGAGAAGGUCUUCAAGACUUGGCAUGAUUGUCGUGCCGUCCUCAUCGGCGAUGGUACGUCCUCAUCUUUGAACCCAUCGGGAGGAGCGGGAGCAACAAACGCGAUCCACGACGCAAUCGUCCUUGCAAACUACAUCCACGCCCUUCCCGACCACCCAAUCGCGGACGAGAUUGAAGGUGCAUUCAAGGCCUACCAGGAAGAACGCAUCGAAUGGGUUCAGUCUGCCUUCGAGACCAGUCAAACCUUCAGGAACAUGGUCGACAAGGGCGCAAAGGCGAGGAUAACGCGGUUCGUGAUGAAGAACCUACCAGGAUGGAUAUUCUCGAAAUUCGAGGAGCGGAUGCUCAGUAACCGACCGCAGAUUUAUUUUUUGCCCCUGGAUCUGACAGAACUGACCAUGAAGCCAGCGUACCAGCCUAGUCUCAAUCAAAACGACCUCCAGCAUCCUAACAUGAACAACUCUCCUAAGAACACUCCUCCGUCUGGUGGAGAGAUGACCCCUCGCGGUAAAUCAGUCUUCUCCAACAUCAAGACCGCUGCCAGGAAGGCCUUUCGUCCUUCUACCAAGGAGGAUUACUCUGUCACCAAUGCGGUCGCCGCUUUUCAUGUCGAUCAAACCAAGAUCUUAAAUCGCCUGGGCCGCUUUGCAAAGGAUGAGCCCGGCAUCGAGGAUCCACAGCACAACCAAGGACUGAUUGAUGGACAUCUCAAUUCUAGGGACGACGUUUCGGUAACUUCAGUAGCCGAUGCCGCUGCUCACCUUGCUAUUCAGGAAAUACCCGCCCAUUCGACCAGCUCCUCGACAAUUACUGUCACCAGCUCGAGCGGCGCUACACGAAUUGUCCACACUGAGGCCGCUUCCAUACUGCCUGCCACCCAACAACCCCAUCGGGCAACUACCCUCCAAAACGUCGCCAAACCAAUCUUCCGCAGUGAUCUGCCAAAUCUGGGAGGUCGCUUUCACUCAACACAUCAGCUUGCGUUUGCUCACCAGCUUCUGCCAAAGAAGUCGCUACCCUCUCCGCCCGUAUCAGGCCUUCUCAUUACUGCUGGAGACGAUGUUCUGGAGACGAUCUUUGAUAUGGCCGAAGAGGCAUGGAUCAAAGCUGUCGCGAAGGACUCUAUCGAGCAAGGUCGUGUUCGUUGGUUGACUGGUCAAGUGGUCUCCCAGUUUCUCAAGCCUCAUCACAAAGAUGCAGCAGCCGUCGCCGAGAUCGUUGUUCUGGGUGCAGUUCUUGACCGUAAUGACUAUCGCAGUGUCUUCUCCUCGCUUAUCGAUCAAGUGGAGCGAGAAAACCUGCUCUCUUCUAAUCUUCUUCAGGGACUCGUCCAACUCCUGCAGGAAGCACCGCCUGGCUACCUCAUUGACGAUGACCUUGUAAGGAUCUUGCGUGUACUCCGUCAGCGCCUCAAGGACACCUACAAGGCACUCGGCGACCAGGAGCAGGCAGCGUCGGAUCACAUUUACAUCCUGACCACCACUGUCUCGCGGGUACUCGACACUAUGAUGGAGGGCAACGUCAAGGGUCUCCACCGCACUGAGGACCAUCAGCCUCUUUUGGACAUUUUGGCCGAGUUGAAGGACAGCUCUGAUCCCUACCUCAUGUUCCAGGCUGCUUACGCCUGGCAGGCCCUCCAAUACAUUGGCGACGACGAAUCUCCUUUGCACGCGGUCUUGCGUUUUGGUAACGAGGUGGCCAAGGGUGCCUUAGGAGUCGCCAGCGUCUUCAAGUUUGACCCCGAGAACCUCUUCAACGGCCUUCAACAAUUGUUCCAGGCUGCUGAACAAGCGAUUGAUGUCGCCAAGACUGCGGUCGAGGGUGCGCAGGCUUUGCGAUCUGGCGGUGAAGGAUUGAUGGACAGUAUGUUGAAAGGUUUCCGGUCUGGAGCUAAGAGGGCAUGGUACCCAGCUCUCCAAGGAGCUCGCGUAUUCAUUCGAGAAGGACGGCUGGCUGAUUUCCAGCGUGUGGUCUAUGAGGCACCUUGUCGUAAGCAGCGUGCGUUCCAGGAGGGUGUUUGUCAGCUACUUGGAGAGAUUGUCAUGGAUCCGAUCUGGUCUGUCGAGAUCCGCCAAGAUGCUAUCGAUGUCCUGAGCAACUUUUACAGGAAUGGCGCAGGUUGGAGUCCAGAUGUUGGAGUUGAAAAGGUGAUCUUGGCGAUCAUUCGCCACAUUUCCGAGCGAGCGGAACAAUCCGUCAAGGCGCAUGCUGCGGAGUUGCUGGCGGGUUUGUCGUCUGAUGUCGUCAAUGAUCUCCCUAGGUCGUACCCUCUGAUGUCCCGCUUGUCCUUACCAGCAACAUCCCCGCUUCUGGCCAAGGCCCUCAAGAUCCCUUCCGAGGAGUACGACAUUCAUCGGCUGAGACUCCAGCGGCUCGAGGAGUAUCACCAACCUGUUUAUAUUCCUCCUCACGCCAAGGACGAUUACGAGGCAUCAGAUUCCGUAACGUGUCCGCUGAUGGACAGUGUCAUGGAGUUCCUGGCGAGCGACCGCCAGGUGUUUUUGGUUCUGGGCGAUUCAGGAGCUGGAAAAUCGACAUUCAACAGAUACUUGGAGCAUGUACUCUUGAAGGCAUACAAGCAGGGUGACUCUAUACCGCUGUUCAUCAACCUACCAGCCAUCGAGAAGCCACAGAAGGGGCUCAUCUCGGAACACCUCCAGACCAACAACUUUCUCAAGGACGACAUUCAGUACCUCAAAGAGAACCGACAGUUCACCGUCAUUUGCGAUAGCUACGAUGAAAGCCAGCUCGCAAUAAACUUGCACUCGACAAAUUCAUUCAACCGGACAGGACAAUGGAAAACAAAGAUGAUUAUCAGUUGCAGGAGUACUUACCUCAGUCACGACUACCGAGACCGAUUCCAACCGCAGCCAAUAACCGCACACAGUCCGCCAUCCCCCCAUCUCCUCCAGGAAGCCGUCAUUGUCCCCUUCUCAAGCGACCAGAUCAAUGUCUACGUCGAACAGUUUGUGCAAGAAAAAGAGGUACAUGAACUGUUUGACGGUCGACCCGUCUGGAGCGCGAAGGAGUAUCUGGACAGGCUGAGGACGACCCCGAACCUGCUGGAACUGGUCAAGAACCCAUUCAUGCUGGCUUUAUCUCUGAGGGCGUUGCCAACCGUUGUCCGUGAAAACCAUCUCAUGAAUCAGGAUGGAGUGACUCGAGAGAAGCUGUACGAGACUUUUAUCAACCAAUGGCUGGAAUCCAACAAGCGACGGUUACGAUUUAUCCAAUUGACGCCGAAGGAAAGAGAAACGCUGGAGGAGCUACUGGAAGCAGGAUUUGUCCCGUCCGCUAUUCAGUUCUUGAAGGAUCUUGCCGAAUCGAUUUAUCGGGAGCAAGGCGGAAACCACAUUGUUCAAUACGUGCACAAGAACGACAAAGAGACGUGGAAGGUCAAGUUCUUUGGACCUGAUCCAGAGACCAAGCUUCUCCGAGAUGCCAGUCCACUGACGCGCGCCGGUGUCUUGUAUCGAUUCAUUCACCGCUCUCUGUUGGAGUACUUUCGCGGCUUUGCUGAACAAGACAUUCAACAGUUCAUCAAGUCUCGUUUGCUUCACCAUGAUAGCUCUGGCCAUAAAGUCUACGUCCCCCCUCGUGCCAAGAACAAUUUCGAAAAGUCCGAUGACGACACGUUUCCUUUGAUGGAUAACGUCAAGGGUUUCCUACAGAGCGAUCGGGAGGUGUUUUUGCUGCUCGGCGACUCAGGAGCAGGAAAAACGACGUUCAGCCGAUAUUUGGAGCACACACUCUUGCAGUCAUACAAACCAGGCGGCCCUAUCCCUCUUUUCAUCGACUUGCCUAUGAUCGAUAAACCAGACCAGAACCUCAUACCCAAACACCUUGCAGCACUUUACUUUUCGGAGUACAUCAUUCAGGAAGUCAUGCAGGAUCGGCAGUUCAUUCUCAUCUGCGACGGAUAUGACGAGAGCCGCCUUUUAACCAACCUACACUGUACAAACCACUUCAAUCUCCCCGGUCAUUGUAAAGUCAAGAUGUUUAUCACUUGUAGUAGUGGCUAUCUCAAUCGGACAUACCGAGAGCGUUUUCAGCCGCAGCCAAUUGACCGAUACAGCCCACCAACCGGCGACCUCUUUCAAGAAGCCGCCCUGACUCAGUUCUCCAAACUCGACAUCCAGCUGUACGUCAAGCAGUUCGUUUCAAAGAUGCCACCUCAGUCGCCGACUCUCAUUCAUUCAGCCUGGGAAGUUGAGACCUACAUGGAAAAUUUGUACAAGAUUCCCGGGUUGAUGGGCCUAAUGUCCAAUCCACUGCUACUGUCGCUAGGCUUGAGAGCGCUACCUGGACUCAUUGAUCUCAUUGAUCCCUUGAAAGGUUCCGCCGGAGUUGUGAUUGGUCGACUCGAGGUGUAUAAUUUCGUCGUAACGGAAUGGGUGGAGCGUAGCAAAGUGCGACUGGCGGCUAUUCCGUUAUCGGAGGUGACGAUCGUGGCGUUAGAUGCUUUACUCGACGAAGGAUUCACCUCGAUGGUGAUUGAUUUUCAAAAGCAUUUGGCCAGAGCAAUCUUUCUGUAUCAAGAUGGACGCCCGGUUGUCGAGUACUCUCAUCGUCAAGACAAGGCGUCAUGGAAGGUGAAAUUUUUCGGUAUUGAUGUUGAAACGACAUUGCUCCGUGAGGCGAGUCUGCUGGUGCGUUCGGGAAAUCAAUACCGGUUCAUUCACUCCACUAUUUUGGAAUACUUUUAUAGCUUGAGUUUGAACGAUUCUCACGAUAGCGACAAUGACGAAGAGGGUGAGGACGAGGAGGACGAAGAAUGA